AUGCUAGCUCGCAAAGUCUGCCUCGCGGCAAUUCUUUCUGCUCUUGAAGUCUUUGGUGCCCCAACCUCAAGCUCAAAGACAGCCAAGGAUGCUGGACUCCUUAUUCAAACAUCGAGUGGGUCGAUUAAAGGUUUCUUCAACUCCUCAGCCCCUGAUGUUUGUCAGUUUCUCGGUGUUCCUUUCGCGGAACCUCCCGUAGGAGAUCUUCGCUUCGCCCGCCCACAAGAGGUGACAUCUAAGGGAAAGGUUAAGGCACAUAAGCUUCCUAACUCUUGUAAUCCCACGGGUAAUGAGACUAGACUUCAGAAAAUACCCACGGACGGACCCAGAGCUGCUACACUUACGACUAUAACAAAGAUCAUCUCUUGCCCCGUCAAUAAAGAAGUGAAGAACCGAAACCUAGGAUACUUACCAACAUAUCGCUACCAGUACACUAGAAACUUCUCUAACGUCUCCCCUCUACCUUGGUUUGGAGCCUAUCACAGCUUAGAAUUACCGCUGCUUUUCGGUACGCACGAUGAAUACCGCAGUCGCUCUACUAAGUUCGAGUGGGAGGUCAGCUACGCUAUGGAGGCGUUGUGGCUCUCAUUUGCUGAAGACCCUACACAGGGACCUGGCCGUGUUGCGAUUUGUGACGCUGCUGCUAACCCCAACAAAAAGAGUUACUUUGCUUGGCCGGAGUUCCACCAGGGUGGUGAGGAUAUGUUACUCAUUGCCAAGGAUAAUGAGAUUAUGCAACUUGUUUCCUCGGAGAGUAUUGACGCUUCCUGUUGA